AUGCCGAUGGUAGUUCCUCUUCCUUGUGGUGAUAGCGAUUCGCUCGAUAUCUUUCCUUCGUGGAAGACAGUUGCCUGGCGUUGGGAAAUCGCAAGUCCAACCUCCAUUGUGACACCUCUGGCAAACCGGAUGGCUCUCGUCGCACUUAACCCUUCGAGCACGGCAUGUAAAGCAGCCGCUGCGGCUUCGUUUGUGCCCCUCUCGUUUCAAAGUCGACUGGCAGGCGUACGUCCUCUCUCCCAUGUUUUGAUGAUAAAAGUAGGUUUCUUUGGCGAUGGCGAUAUGCCCGAACUUUGA